AUGGAUUUAAUCCGAGGAGUCCUGCUCCGGCUCUUGCUCCUGGCUUCCAGCCUCGGACCCGGCGCUGCGCCGCUCAGAUCAGCGCUCAGAAAACCAGGCAAGGUGGGACCACCUCUUGAUAUCAUGCUGGAUGCUCUGAACUGUUCAGCUUUCAGCAUACAAUGGAAGAUGCCUAGGCACCCUCUGAGCCCCAUCAUGGGGUACACUGUCUUUUACUCUGAGGUCGGCGUAGACAAAUCCCUGCGGGAGCAGUCCUAUGGUGUGCCGCCCGGCCUGGAUACCCCGACCACUGGACGAUUGGAUCAUCAGAUGAUUUUUGAGGAAGUGAUCGGAGAUUUGAAACCAGGCACUGAAUACCGCGUGAGCAUGGCAGCUUAUAGCCAAACUGGCAAAGGACGGCUUAGCUCUCCUCAGCAUGUUACCACUUUGCCCCAAGAUUCCUGCCUGCCUCCAACAGCACCCCAGCAGCCGCACGUCAUUGUGGUUUCUGAUUCCGAGGUGGCCCUGUCUUGGAAACCUGGAGAGAGUGAAGGAAGCUCUCCUAUUCAGUACUAUUCUGUGGAAUUCACCAGGCCAGAUUUCGACAAGAGUUGGACCUCAAUCCAGGAGCAGAUCCAGAUGGAUUCCAUGGUUAUCAAGGGCCUUGAUCCUGAUACCAACUACCAGUUUGCUGUGAGGGCCGUGAAUCUGCAUGGUUCCAGCCUUCGAAGUCAGCCCAGCAGCACAAUCCGAACUGCCCGUCCUGAGGAAUCAGGAAGUGGGCGCUAUGGACCCCAUUAUGCAACCGACACAGAGGCUGGCGAGGAUGAUGACACAUUGGAAGAUGACUUAGAUUUGGAUAUUUCCUUUGAGGAGGUUAAACCACUUCCUGCUAUCAAAGAAGGGAAUAAGAAAUUUUUCGUGGAAUCCAAGAUGGCACCUAGACCGAACCCGAUGACUGUUUCUAGGCGUGUCCCCCCAACCCCAGCAUCUCUCCCCACAACUGCGGUGGCUCCCCAGCCCACGCCAAUGGACAGGAAAGGAAAGGAUGGUGUGGCUAUGAUGCCAAGGCUUUUUGACAUGUCUUGUGAUGAGACUCUGUGCUCUGCUGACAGCUUUUGUGUCAAUGACUACACCUGGGGGGGCUCUCGAUGCCACUGCAACCUGGGCAAAGGUGGUGAGAGCUGCUCAGAAGAUAUUGUUAUACAAUAUCCUCAGUUCUUUGGUCAUUCCUAUGUAACCUUUGAACCUUUGAAGAACUCUUACCAGGCAUUUCAAAUUACUCUUGAAUUUAGGGCAGAGGCGGAGGACGGCUUACUACUCUACUGCGGGGAGAAUGAGCAUGGGAGGGGGGAUUUCAUGUCCCUGGCUGUCAUCCGGCGCUCUCUCCAGUUCAGGUUUAACUGUGGAACUGGGGUCGCCAUCAUUGUAAGUGAGACCAAAAUCAAACUCGGGGGCUGGCAUACUGUUACGCUCUACAGAGAUGGGCUGAAUGGACUGCUGCAGCUGAACAAUGGCACGCCGGUGACAGGCCAGUCCCAGGGCCAGUACAGUAAAAUUACCUUCCGGACACCUCUCUAUCUUGGUGGAGCUCCCAGCGCUUACUGGUUGGUGAGAGCAACAGGGACAAACCGAGGCCUUCAAGGCUGUGUGCAGUCACUCACUGUUAACGGGAAGAGAGUGGAUUUGAGGCCCUGGCCACUGGGGAAAGCACUCAGCGGGGCCGAUGUGGGGGAGUGCAGCAGUGGAAUCUGUGAUGAAGCCUCGUGCGUCAAUGGCGGCACCUGCACGGCGAGCAAAGCCGAUUCCUACAUUUGCCUCUGUCCCCUGGGCUUUCGAGGUCGACACUGUGAAGAUGCUUUCACCUUGACCGUUCCUCAGUUCAGAGAGUCUCUGAGGUCCUACGCUGCAACCCCCUGGCCACUGGAGCCCCGGCAUUACCUUUCCUUCAUGGAAUUUGAGAUCACAUUUCGGCCGGAUUCGGAAGAUGGCGUGCUCCUAUACACCUAUGACACGGGCAGCAAAGACUUCCUGUCCAUCAACAUGGCAGGGGGCCACGUGGAGUUCCGCUUUGACUGUGGCUCUGGGACUGGGGUUCUCAGGAGCGAAGAGCCCCUCACCCUGGGCCACUGGCAUGAGCUGCACGUGUCCCGCACAGCAAAGAACGGCAUCUUACAGGUGGAUAAGCAGAAGGCAGUGGAGGGAAUGGCAGAGGGAGGCUUCACCCAGAUUAAGUGCAACUCGGACAUUUUCAUCGGUGGGGUCCCCAAUUAUGAUGAUGUGAAGAAGAACUCUGGCAUCCUCAAGCCAUUCAGUGGGAGCAUCCAGAAGAUCAUCCUGAAUGACCGGACCAUCCAUGUGAAGCAUGACUUCACGUGGGGUGUGAACGUGGAGAAUGCAGCCCACCCCUGCGUGGGGUCCCCCUGUGCCCAUGGGGGCAGCUGCCGACCCAGGAAGGAGGGCUAUGAGUGUGACUGCCCCUUGGGCUUCGAGGGGCUGCACUGCCAGAAAGCGAUCACAGAAGCUAUUGAGAUCCCGCAGUUUAUCGGCCGCAGUUACCUGACAUAUGACAAUCCAGAUAUCCUCAAGAGAGUGUCAGGCUCAAGAUCAAACGCGUUCAUGAGGUUUAAGACAACUGCCAAAGAUGGCCUAUUGCUGUGGAGAGGAGACAGCCCCAUGCGACCCAACAGUGACUUCAUUUCCUUGGGCCUUCAGGAUGGAGCCCUGGUGUUCAGCUAUAACCUGGGCAGCGGUGUGGCAUCCAUCAUGGUGAACGGCUCGUUCAACGAUGGUCGGUGGCAUCGAGUCAAGGCUGUUCGGGAUGGCCAAUCAGGAAAGAUAACUGUGGAUGACUAUGGGGCCAGAACAGGCAAGUCACCUGGCAUGAUGAGGCAGCUUAACAUCAACGGAGCUCUGUAUGUGGGUGGAAUGAAGGAAAUCGCUCUUCACACUAACAGGCAGUACAUGCGAGGCCUCGUGGGCUGCAUUUCUCAUUUCACACUGUCCACCGAUUACCACAUUUCCCUGGUGGAAGACGCCGUGGAUGGGAAAAACAUCAACACUUGCGGAGCCAAGUAA